AUGAAACGCUUUGCAAAACAAGAGUUUGAUCCACACAUCUCCCCCACUAUUGGGGUGGAUUUUAUGCCAGCCGCUAUUGACAUUGACGGAUCAUCUUAUAGUCUUUCACUAUGGGACACUGCAGGCGCAGAGGCAAAUGGCAUGACAGCCUUGGCUCCAAUGUACUAUCGCUGUGCUGAAGGCGUUCUUUUAGUUUACGACGUCACAAAAAGAGACACUUUCGACAACAUUAAACGAUGGGAGGACCACCUGAACUACUACUCGGACACAAGCAAUAUAGUUAAA